AUGUGCGGUGUUCGAGGUGUUCUACCCAAGCCUCCUGCUCACAAGUUUGAAAACCAUGAUAUGCUUCGUGAGGCAGCUCGUACCAGGCCUAGUUCUGCCGAGCGUCAAGGAGAUGUAGACAUUCCUCCUCGAAGUUCGAGUCGUCUGCAUCGGUCAAAAGAUGGAGAUCGAAGUGGGAGUUUGCUCACAAUCCAACUGUUGAGUCACGGGCAGUCAAGCGUGGAGUUGACUCAGUAUCAUUGA